AUGUCAAGUUUCAUGUUUGAAAAGCAACUAUUGAGUGAUGAAGUUCAAAUACUAUUGCAACAGAAGAAACAGUUCGAUUUGUUGUUAAUAGAAAUGUCUGAUUUACGAGAGCAUCUCGAUUCAUCUGUCGGCGUUAUAUACAUUAGUUUCGGCACCAACGUCGAUCCAUCAACGUUACCGCCGGGAAAGAUUAAGAUUUUAUCGAGAUUUCUCUCUCAGCUUCCUUACACGGUUCUAUGGAAGUGGAAUAAAGAGAAAUUACCUGGUCAUUUGAAAAAUAUUGUGACAUCGAAGUGGUUUCCGCAAGCAGAUUUAUUGCAUCAUCCGAAAAUGAAGUUAUUCAUAACUCAAGGUGGUCUUCAAUCGACUGAAGAAGCCAUAGAUGCUGGUAUACCAUUACUAGGAAUCCCGUUUAUUGGUGACCAAUGGUAUAAUGUGGAGAAAUAUGAACAUUUUAAAAUCGGUUUAAAAGUUCACUUCGAAGCAAUGACUGAAGAUAGCUUGAGAGAGGCUAUUGAUAAAUUGAUAAAUGACUCAAGUUACCGCCAAAAUAUUCUACAGUUACGUCAAAUAAUAAGAGACCAACCUCAAAGUGCUUUAAAACGUGCUGUUUGGUGGACGGAGUAUGCACUAAGACAUGCCAAUUUAGACCACUUACAUACACCUACUGCUAAUAUAUCGUUUGCUAAAUAUUACCAAUUAGAUUUAAUUCUGAGCGUAAUUUUACUCUUCAUCUUUAGUAUUUUAAUUGUUUCCCUAAUAAGCAAUUUAAUUUUCAAGGUGGUUACGCAGAAUUUAUGUUAAUAAAGAGUGGAAUUUCACGGAAAUUGGUUCAUUAGCCCAUCCUGAAAUCGCUGAGUCA